AACGAAGUGUCGAUGGCAAACUUGCUAACUCUGCAAUGCUAGUUGUACCAUCAGUAAGCCAGUUUCUUUCAUACUAUCGUGUGACACUACCUGAUGGUCCAAGACAUCGUGACGCAAUCACCAUUGCUAUCCAGGAUAAAGAUGUCGAUGGAUUAUAUAUGAAUGGAAUGAAGCUGGAUGGCUUGAAAUGGAAUCCGAUCGGUGGAACAAGAUAUGUUUGGACAGUAAUAAGUUUAACGCAUCCACGCAUAUUUACAGUGUAUCAUGCUUCUACUGAAGUAAAAUUUGGUCUCCUUGCUUUUGUUUGGAAAGCACAGGCUACUUAUAUCUAUCCUGGGGGAUUUGGUCUACAUAACAAUUCAAAUGGUACAGCCAUGGACACUUUUCCGUCACGAGUGCCAACUCCUCAGUCUAGAUUCAUGCACUUACAUACAUGGCUGUCACGAGUGCCAUCAUAUCAGUCUAGGUUCAUGCGCAUUUCAAACAAUUAUGGGAAACAUUUCAUCGUUGGAUUUACGGCCCUGUAUGAUAACGAGCAAGAUGACUAUAUUGGAGUUACCAUCCUCGCCCCAUUUGACACAAUUGUAACGUUCUUUAGCAAUCAGUCCGGGAAUUUAUGGAACGAGACUGUCUAUGUCGAAGGAGGGAAACAUUUUGAACACAAAUUGCCUAUGAAGUUGCGAAUGAACGAAAAGCUAGGUCAUCUUCAGAAGGGCAUAGAAAUUUCAUCAACAAGAUACAUCUCACUGAUGUGCAGGAAUAGAAAUAACUAUGCAGCUGAUGGAUACUUGGUUUUUCCAACGAGAGCACUUGGUUUAAUUUAUGUUGUGGCAUCACAUUUGCCGUACUACACCAAAGCGAAUAUCGCCGUGAUAUCAGCACAUGACAACAACACAAUCCUUGUUUUUCUAAAAAAGAAUGCAGUUAUAGAGUAUCGUGGUCUCACGUUUGACAAAAAUCGACCAUUACUGAACAUAUUGCUAAAGCUUGAAAGACAUGAGGCGCUGUACAUUUCAGCAUCGUCAGAUUUAUCUGGGUCAGUAGUCAUUGCAACGAAACCAGUGAUGGUUAUAUCGAGCGUGGGAUAUUGGCAACGCUUUAAAUUUCUGGAAUCAUCCCUAUUACCUGUCUCGUUGUGGGGUCAUCGAUACAUUUUGACGAGUGCAGGAAGAAUGAAUAAAGGUGGUGAUACUUUUCGAAUUUUCGCUUACGAAAAUAACACCGCUGUUAAAACCGCUAAGUGGACCAAAGUCUUAUCAUCCGCGACCUAUGCAGAAUUGAUAUUAGGGCAUGAUUACGCAUCGUAUGUGAACUGCAGUAAACCAUGUCAAGUAGUUCAAUACAUCGAACAACGAAGUGUCGAUGGCAAACUUGCUAACUCUGCAAUGCUAGUUGUACCAUCAGUAAGCCAGUUUCUUUCAUACUAUCGUGUGACACUACCUGAUGGUCCAAGACAUCGUGACGCAAUCACCAUUGCUAUCCAGGAUAAAGAUGUCGAUGGAUUAUAUAUGAAUGGAAUGAAGCUGGAUGGCUUGAAAUGGAAUCCGAUCGGUGGAACAAGAUAUGUUUGGACAGUAAUAAGUUUAACGCAUCCACGCAUAUUUACAGUGUAUCAUGCUUCUACUGAAAUAAAAUUUGGUCUCCUUGUUUUUGUUUGGAAAGCACAGGCAACAUAUAUCUAUCCUGGGGGAUUUGGUCUACAUAACAAUUCAAAUGGUACAGAUAUAAAUGAAUGUGAAUCUGGAACAAAUUACACAUGCCAAAAAGGAGCAUCUUGUAUAAGUACCGAUGGAUCAUUCAAUUGCGUUUGUAACAUCGGUUACACUUAUAAUGGAGUAACGUGUGCAGAUAUCGACGAAUGCACUUUCAAACACGAUGUUUGUGGUAAUUCAAGAAUAUGUUUAAAUAAUCCCGGCUCAUAUUCCUGUGGUUGUCCAAAUGGAUACACUGGAGAUGGUGUGGUUUGUAACGAUAUAAAUGAAUGUAAACUUGGAACCGACUCAUGCGAGAAGGGUGCAGAGUGUAUUAAUGUCAAUGGAUCGUUCAUUUGUGUUUGUAGCAACGGCUACAUUCGCGAUGGAUCAACUUGUAAAGAUAUAAAUGAAUGUAAAAUUGAAACUGACUCAUGCGAAAAGGGUUCAGAGUGUUUUAAUACCAAUGGAUCGUUCAUUUGUGUUUGUAGCAUCGGCUACAUUCGCGAUGGAUCAACUUGUAAAGGUAUAAAGUUUGCUACGCAGUAAUUACCUUUAAAUAAUAAUUAUAAAGCCACCAUUUCUUUAAUGGUAAGUAUAAAGCUACUAAACUCGGAACCUUAGAAUGUUGUAUUUCAGCUUUCAGAAAUUAUUCAUUAUUAGUCGGACUUGAACAUUCAGCGUUAGAAGAAUGUUCGAUUACUUACUGUCGCUUAUUAGAUAACCUAAUAAGUCCAGGUUAA